AAGUUAGACAGGUAGAGGUGUAGAGUAUGAGGAGGGAGAGGGAAGGGUUAAAGGCAUUAUUGCAGCCAUUAGAAGGAAAAGUUGUGGCAAUACAAGCACAGUAGACUUCUCUUCCCCCCCCUGCCCCCCUCCUUUUCUCUCCCCUACUCCUCUCUUCCCAAGCUGGAUCAGUGUGUAGGGAGGGCAGUCAUCACGCCAUCCUGAGCGGCAAGAGCUGACGUUGGACGAAGCUGCCAGGUAGCUGAAAAAAGGCACAGAAGGCAGCUGAUACCCACUUUUCAACGGUUUGUGUUUUUUUUUAGUCUGUAUCUGGACUUCAAGCAACACAGCGCCUGAGACAGCUCAUCUGAACCACGCUGUAUUGCAAUACUUGCUCUUCUCAAAGAAAAAGACUCCACUGAGCAGCAGAAUGCUGCCAGUGUCGCAGCCAGGUCUACAAUACAGAGCCUUUUUGUAACAUUGCACAUUUCUUUCUGUUCAGAUAUUUGAAAUACAUAUAUACACUUAUAUAUCAGUUCUUUCUUUUCUAAGGACACCUUUGGCUUUCUUUUUUUUUUUUCCCUGAUGUGACUUCUUCAUCUUGGAAUGAUGGGGAUCUUUCUAGCUUAUAUUGGAUUCAUUUUCUUUUCAGUUAUGUAUAUUGAACAAGGACUUUCUACCCAAGCAAAAUUCACAGAGUUUCCCCGAAAUGUCACGGCCACUGAAGGGCAGAAUGUGGAGAUGUCUUGUGCUUUCCAAAGUGGCUCUACUUCGGUGUACCUUGAAAUCCAGUGGUGGUUUCUGCGGGCAGCUGAGGACCCAGAGGUUGGAGCUGAGGUGACAGGCACUCAGAUGGAGUUCCUGCCCGAGCGGGACCUGGACAACGACGGCACGAAGAUCAGCACAGUGAAAGUACAAGGGAACGACAUCUCCCACAAGCUGCAGAUUUCAAAAGUGAGGAAAAAGGAUGAAGGCUUGUAUGAGUGCAGGGUGACCGAUGCCAACUAUGGAGACCUUCAGGAAUACAAGGCCCAGGCGUUUCUCAAAGUCAAUGCUAACAGCCACUCUCGGCGAAUGCAAGCCUUUGAGGCAUCCCCAAUGUGGUUGCAAGACAUGAAACCUCGUAAAAACAUCUCAGCAGCUGUCCCAAGUAGCAUCCACAAUUCCGCCAAUCAGCGUGUACGUGCCACCUCCAGCCCCGAAGCAGCAGCCAAAAUCCCCAAACAAAGUCCACAAUCAGGUGCGAGGAUAGCUACAAGCCAUGGACUUUCUGUCCUGCUUCUUGUUUGUGGCUUUGUGAAGGGUGCUUUGCUUUAAUCUAAAAGUGCUGACUUUUUCCAAUAUCACUUUCUCUUCUUAAAGCAAAGAGCAAAUCGCCUGUAAAAUCCACGGAGCGGACAGCAAAGUUGACCCUAACCUCCAACCACCACUCUGCACCCAAUGUACUCUAAAUCUCUACACAAGGAGCACCUUCUUCAGGAAGUACAAACAAAAUUACUAAAUAAAUAAAAUAAAAUAAAAUAAAAUAAAUAUUAUAAAAAAGAAGAGGAUACCACAUGUUUUCUUGAUAUAUCUUAUUUUCUUUGGCUUAUCACUGAUAUUUUCUUUGAAGAGAACUGGUGUGAUGUAAUCAAACGUUUUGUAACAGCAAGACCUAGUUUCCUUUUCUUUCGGCAAGGAGAAGCCUCAUCCUUGACUUCUCAGGGGUUGGCCUGCGAGUCCUCAGUAUUACAGAAUUAACCAUGGAUGACAUUUGGUUUCCUACGCUGAAAGAACGGUUCCAGCCUGGAAGCAAAAAGAGGCCAAAUAAUGAAACAAACUAUAGUGAUUGAACAUAAAUAGAAUACACACAAACUUUAUCAAAAAGUCUUUUUUUCCUUUUCUUUUUUUCUUUUUUUUUUUGCAUGAGGAGUAGGAAUAUUCUACUAAGCAGCUCAGCAGAUGAGGGGAUGUUGUUUCUGAAAAAUCUAUGAGGAUAUUUUUCUUUUGAGUUGUUUUUCCUUUUUGUUUUCCAGUAUAUUAUUCUUUCCCCCCUUUGAGGUUUUUUUCCUGUCUUUCUGUUUGUUUCUUGUUCAGUGAUGGCAAGUACCAACUUAGGCCAACCCCUGAUGAUUACGUGGAGGUUUAUAUAUAUACAUCCCUUUUUUUGUGUGUGUGCGUUCUAUAUUUCAGUGUGUUUUCUCUAAUUUUGCAACUCCUGUAUAUGCAAAACCAACUUAAAUUCUGUAAAUUGCUUACAGUCUGUGUGAUAUAACUUCAGAGUAGACAUACUUUGGUCCUCAUGCAAGCCAGUUUUUAAUAUUAUCUAUAUGUCGUGCCACCAAGAAACAUCUUUAUUUCCUUUUUUUUACAAAACACCACUUUUUAGUUUUUAAUUCAGUAAUGUGUGGAUUUUGUAAUGCAUAUCUUCACUUUGACUGGUUUGACUCCCUUCAGCCCUUGUUUACUCUGUAAAUGCACAUUAAAAUUUGUUACGGUCUCUAGACAAUGAAUUAUUUUAGUUUGUAUGUUGUGUUGAAGUUCAGAUGCUGAAAGCUCUUUGAACUUGUGAUGUUUAUAGAAGAUGAAGUGAUUCAAUCACUAGAGACUGUAAAAUGCAGGUUUGCAGUCAAAUACUGCACAUAAAGGAAGGUUAGAAACAGAAAACAGACAAAUAAACCAGAACAUGUCUUUAAGGAUGUUCCUUUGGUAAAGAGUUUCAGGAAAGUGAAUUUCUUACACUGAUAAAAUAUAUUUGCAUCACAGCUCCUUCUACAUGGCCAAAGAAGUGUCUUUCUUUGCUUUUUCUGAAAGUGGAUUGUCAUUACUCAUUGAUAUUCUUAAUUAAAAUACUUUUUGUCUGUGAACUGAAUGUGAGAAUUUUGCUGUUGAAUGAUGUAAUAUGUGUUACAUGAAUUACAUUCAUUAAUGCAGGAAGCAAAAAUUGCUACCAUUUGCAGCUGCAAUCAGGAAGGUUUUUUGCUUUUUCCCAUCUUUCCACUGAUGCUGAAAAAUUCACACCCUUUCAUUUAUCAGCACAGACAAUCACAUACACCACAUGCUUAUUAUGAUCUAUUUAUGGCAGCAUUAAGUAGCUGCAGUGUGGUCAGCUGUGUGAUUUCUCCUCACUUUGUAAGUACUGCAGAAGAAAUUUUAAAAGUAUGUUUAUAAUCUCACCAGUCUGUGGUCUACAGGCCUAACUUUUUAUUUCAAAGUGCUUGUAAGUCUGAUGUCUUCCCCCAAUACUUUCAAAGGAUAAAGAGCAAAUAAAGGCAUAGAAUCAACAUUUUGUUAACCCAGUACUUCAGAACAGGAUAACAUAUUUGUGCAGAUCUAAUUUUCCAUAAAUUCUGUAGCAUAGGCUUAACUGGGAGUAGUCAGUCUUCAGUUUUAGACAAGUCUUAGCAGUAAUAAAGAGAGCAGAAGUUCAGCAUAAUACAAGCAAAUCAGGUGUAACCAUCAGUAGAAAUAAAAUUUCUUUUAUUUCAACAUAAAAUUUAUGACCCACUUAGAAUGUUGUAUAUUAAAAAAGUUUUUCUCCAUAGUUGUAACAGUUUAUUAGGCUACUGAAAAGAAAUGAAAAACUGCCCUCCUUAAAAUGUUCCAAAUCAAAGUGAAUAUUGUGGAUCAGAGAGGACACAAAGAGGAAAGAAAAAGUCAAGGGUCAGAGCUUUUUAAAGUCUCGCUUUCUGAACACACUUGUGGAACCGAACUUUCCACAAGUUCUGGAGAAAAAUCUCAGUUUUUCUUUCUGAAAUGGAUAUCUGUGACUGGAUUAUGUGAGAAUCUCUUGCUUGGAGCUUGGAAACUUCAGUUUCCAUUGGUCUUAACUGGAACCAAAUGCUUAAUGUCACAUUACUGUAUUGCUUACUGUAUCCAUAUAUCUUGUAUGAAUAUUCCAUGUAUGCACAUAGAGACUACCCAUCAUGGCGUAUGGAAUUUGACAGCACAGUUUAACCUCACAUUGCUUAAGUUGUUACUAUGUUGAACUGAUAUGUGUUUUGCUUUAUGCUGUUAGCUGCUUGGAUAUAAAUCACCAUGUACUAGGAAUUCAGAUUAAAGAACAAGCUGAAAUUAAAAGCAGAAUUCUAGAUCACGUGGAUUAGUGUGAUGCAAGCCCAAACACAAUGCCAUGUCAGGAUCUGCUAUUGUACAACUGUGUUAGCAAAAAAAAAAAAUGGACAAAAGAAAUCUGUGGGACUCUUGAAAAGCCUUUAAGAUUUCCAUGAGAUGCUAAUGGGACACAGAAAUUGUCCUCCUUUCCCUCUUGAAACAACAUACCCAAAUUCUUUAGAUGAGGCUGAUUGGGCCCUUCUGGUUGCAGAUCUAGAGCACAGCUUUAGUUUUGGCUAAUCUGUGUGGAUGCAGCAGCAACAAGAGCAUGUAUUACAUUUUUAAAUUUUAAACUGUGUCUCAACAGCUAUUCUUCAAAUUAAGAAUCCACCUGGAUCUCCUAGAAUUUCUCAAAAUGGAAGUUAAGAUACAGUAGACACCCUUGUUUCUAAGAAUUCUGUUAUUAAUAAUAUUUAGCAUAGGAAUGAAACUACUACCCUUUUCUGCCAGGUGCAGUUCUUGUUUGGACAUAACAAAAAUAGAUUUUAAAAAAGGAGCUUAAUUAAAUCCCGAAAAGCUCCUUGUUGAGUGGGGUAUCUAGAAAGGCAAUUUGUAUCUAGCAGUCAUAACAUCUGUCAACUCAAUGUCCUUAUCCCUUUUACAAAAUGAGCCCAGUUUUGAGGUGGUCUUUUACAUGACUCAUGCUUCUCAAUUUGUGUCCCCAAAGCCUCGUUGCAUAUGGUGACAUUCUUCAGGUCUUUCCAACAGGUUUUGCUUUUCAUAGAAGAAUAAACAUGGGUGAGUAUGAAAUGCUUUUGUAUUCAAGGUAUAUAUGCCACCUACACUCACACACUUUGAGAUCUGAUGUAUCAUCAGGCUGAAAAAACCACAUUCCAGCCCCAUGAGCUGUCAGUGACAGCCUUUGUAUUACAUGGAGAAGUAUCCAUGGCAUUUUGGUACUGCUACCAGGGAUUAGUACUGCAACAGAGCCUGUCUCAAAAAUUCUCCUUUCCAAUGGUUACUUAUUAUUCUUUUAAGCUCUGGAACCUCAUGCAUAGAGGUUGCUGCAUAAAAUAUUUAAAUCUUUCUUAAUUGUAUUUGGCAAACUUUGCAAAGAAAUUUGUGGAGCAUGAGAAAGGUCAGACCAUGGAUUUAAAAUAUCUUAGCAGACUAAUUUAAGAUUGACAGUUCCUCAGAACUUCUAUUAAGAAAGGUACUAGAAAAUUUGAAUGGUAAACACAGAAUCUAUUAAAAGUAAUUUUUAUUUCUUUUUCAUUCUCAAUAUUACAUAUUUACAUUUCAGCACUACCUGAAGGCAAAGAUCAGAAGUAGGUAUAAACAUGAGACACCAUGGCAAAAAUGAUGGGACUCUUUGGAAGUUCAUACUUUUUCUUCUAAUUCAGUGCUACUGUGAUUCAAGACCAGAACACAUGCUGAAACCAGGUUUUUUCACAUUCAUCCUUUGAAGUACUUUCUCUUCAUUCAAAUAAAGUGAGGAAACAUUGGCCAGUGCAAGAAAUCUGAAUGCUUGCCUGAUAUUUUUUAACUUCUGAUGAUCUUUCAUUUCUAAUGAUCUUAAUGUCCUAUGAUCCUAAGUGAUGUCAUCAUUGAAAUCGAUAUUUUAAAAAACCCAACAAUAUCCCCCUCCCCCCAAAAAAUCAAAACCAACACAAGUAACAAGCUUAAAUUCCUUCCUAAAAAAAAAAUAAAAAUUCAAACCUUUGUCAUUUGCAGGAUAUGGGAACAUUUUUCCACGACAUUACUGUUGGUAAAUGUCAAACAUUGUUUAUAGAGCUAAAAGCAUUAGGAACCAAGAUUGGGAUCGUCAUACUUUGUAAUACAAAUUUUUAAAGGUUAAUCUUACAUGAUUAGCUCAGCUAAACAAUGCUAAGCACAUAGUAAAUUGAAUUAAUGCAACUCACUAUAAAUGCCUUCAAUCUUUUGUUCUGAGCUUCCUAAAUAUUGAUUUAUUUCAUUUCACAGUCAUAAAGUUUGCACAUACAUUGACAUAGCUGAAAGAUUUUACAUAGUUUUUUCUACUGUUAUUCAUGCAAAGAAAUGUAUGAAGAAAGUUAAAGUUGUCUGUAACAAUGAAUUACAAUCAACUGGAGAAGAUACUUGCAAAGAAACAAAUGUGUGCUUUCUCGAGAGUCAAGUUUAAUUGCAAUGCAUUAUUUGAAUUCUCCUUUUUGUGCCUUUUUUUUUUUUGCCAACAUUUCAAUCAACUUCUAAAACAAUACUAUAUAUCUUAUUACUUCUUACAAGGUGACAGGACAAAAUAAUGUCACUUUGUUAUGAAAAAUCUAGGAGGAAAAACAAAUUUUUGCAUUCAACAGCAUUUUAAACUCUCACUGUUUACAGUGUCCUAUCACCUCAAAAUAUAUUGAGAUAUAUUAAUAUAUAUAUAGAGAGAGAAAGAGAGAUAGAUAGAUAUAGAUAGAUAUAGAUAUAGAUGAUAUAUAUAAUUUGAUUUCCAACUCUAUCAUGCUGAUAGUUGAGAUGGCCUUCAGGUGGGAGCAAAUGAAUUUUUCAAUUAUUGAAAUGCUCCUUUACAUUGAUGUUACAGCACAGAAAGAGGUCUUAUGUGUAUGUGAGACUAUUUACUGAGUGACAGCUCAUAAAGAGGCCAAAAUAUACAUAAUAGAUUAUUAAUUCCUUUCUUGUUUUUAUAUGCCAUGAACUUGAAAAACAAGAGAGCAGAUUGCAUCUGAAAACUAGCUGCCUAAAAUAAACUAUUUCAUUCAAAUCUUUGAAGAAACAAAUUCCUUAUUAAAAUGACUUGUAUAACUAUAACCUUUUGAAAUAUAUGGGGCUUAGAUUUUUAAGAAAAGUUAUAUAUAUUAUAUAUAAUAUCUUUGUAUAUAAAAUUGGGAAGGAAGGAGAUAAUAACUUCUUUUGCUGCUUCUGAUAGAAGAUUAUGUUUAUUGCUGCUGAUUGUCUUCAAUACCAAAUUAUUUAAAAGACCCUUUAAAUUACUGGCAACCAUACUUUGGAAAAAAAGGAUUCCAAUUUUUCUGAUUAUCUACAAUACACUUUAGUUUCUGCAUAUUAACCAGCACUUGUUCACAUUUUAAAAAUGUUGUUUUUUCAUCCUAAUAGAAAAGAAGUAAUCCAUAUUUUAUUAAAAAUAAAUGUCAACAUGUUUAUGAAACCACCUUAAUGUCUUUUUCUUUGGUGAUUCAUGCACAAGACAUGUUUUGUUCAUAUAUUUAAUCUGCUCAAUGGGGCUAAGCAUUGAAAAAAGACAGAAGAAAGUUGUUCCUAGUUGUUCCACCUCCAAAUUGAAAUGCUGUGCAAGAGGGAAAACUGAGGUAUGACUCUUUCUGUUUCCCUACAACAGCCAACAACAAAGAACCUUCACAGGGUCUAACAAAACAAAUCACUGCUAUAAAAGUAACAGUUGUAGUUCACCUUUUAAUAACGUGAAAAAUAAUCAAAUUGAGUGCAAUUUCUUCAGCAAAAUGCAAAGCAUUUUCUUCCAAAAUUAUUACUCUCCCCACUGAUAUGAAAGAAGGUCUUGCAGUUAGGGCUUUGAACAGGCAAAGUAUUUGUCCACCUCUUGCAACUGCACAAUGGCAACCCCAGAGAGACUCAGCUGUCUCCCUUUCACCAUUUCUGUCCUACAUAAGAUUAUUAAUCAUGAAGGUACUCAGAAGAUGAAUAUAUAUUGCAGAAUAAUAACUUUCUAUACUUACACCUUUUUUAAACUGUUUUAACAGAAAAAAUCUUUUUGUCUCAGUUAACUUUAUUUUUAAAAAGCAAGGCAAUGUUUAUAUAAUUCAUAAGCAUUGUAGAUAGUUUGUUGGAGUUUUAUUAUUGAAUAGUUCCUAGCAUUCAAGAUAACAGAACAGGCUUUAAAAGUCUCACAGCAGUAUUCUAAAGCUGUUUAUGUGUCAGAACUACCUGCACUAAUGAAAAAAAAAAAAAAACUAAAACAAAACCAGAAAAAACCCAAAAAUCACAAACAAAAAUCUUCCUUGUCUGUAGCUGCUAGGUCACCAGAAAAGCUCUUGGAGUGAUUCCAGUGAUAGUGAUCUAAAGUUUACCUUUAACCUUUCCAGUAUACUUCCUGGACAUAGAAGGGGAGUAAAUUUUGAAAGAACUUAUGAUGCCUGUUCAGCAGCAGAAAUAAUGAAUGCAAUGCUGCUGUCAUUCUGUUGUGAAUCACAGGACCUACUGAGUUUACAUAUGAGCACUGUGCACAAGGGCAGAAUACCUGGCCUUGUCUGGAUUCUAGAAAUCUUAAUGCCUGGAGCUGCUAGAUACAGGCUACUGCCGCCUCUGGACAGAAUUUGUGUAACUAGAAAAUCUGUUUCCUUACUAAAGCUCCAAACCCAGAGUACAAAUAAAAUAUAGCAUAUUGAAAAAUAAUGAAUAUUUAGUGGAAUUCCUCAUGAGUCUCUCUUACUCUCUGUGUUUGUGUAGAAGUCCAACAAAACUGAUCUCCUCAACAAUAACCUCCACACAUGGACUUGGAGAAUACUAUUUGAUCUGAAGUUUAUAUCCCAACUUUAUUUCUUGCAAUUUUGAAAAGGAUGUCAACACUGAAAUGGAAUAUAGGCAAAUAGAAACUAGCCAAACAACACUCUGUGCCAAAAUCCUCAGUCAAAAAAAAUUAAAUAUGAUUUGUCAAGUAUAUCUAAUAUGGAACUAGACUCUUUUAUUAGGCACUUUAAAGAAUCAUUGAUUUGUAGUCAGGAAAUUUAAGGAGAAAUCUGGGAAUUAUGCUCUAUUAUGCAUUUUGUUUCAGGAAAAUAGCAAAUUUAGAGCUCAAAUUAAAUGCUAUUUAUUACAGUUAUCUAUAGAGGUAAAAAAUAUAGAUGUUUAAGACAUUUGUCAUGAAAAUGUGCAUAGAAGACGCAGAAUUGUAGAGACAGAUCUGCUAAUGGUAACAUAGAUCCUUUUCUCAGCAGAUGGAUGAAGCAGAUGGAAGACCUGUGUUUUCUUCACACUUUUCCUACUGAUCUGAAGUUGUCAGCAAUAAUGUCAAUUCUGUUCUGGAAAUAUGUAUGCAGUGCUUUUUUUUCAUAUUAGCUUCGUUUUUUACAGCAGACUAGGCUUUUGGUAGUUUGUGGAUAUAUAGAGCACGGAAAAAAGACGGGGCAUUUAUAUAGAAGUAUGUGGGCCUUCAAGUAUAUUCACCAGACAAAUACAAUCAGAUUUUCCUUAGGAAAAGAAAGACAAAAUAUUGUACUGUAAGAUGAAUUUUUUUAUAUAAAAUUAAUACUUGAGACACUGUUCAGAAAGAUUUGCCCUUACAUAUGUCAAAAAAAAGGAGGAUCUACAUGAAAAAUUCCUGUUGCAAAAUUCUAAAAUGUUUUAUUUGUCCCCAUUUUCUUGUGGAUAGCUCUAUUGUAUUCUGUAUUCUGUUUCAACAAUUUAGGAUAAUAAGUUGCACAACCUAGCUGAAGUGGAUGAGAAACAUUGUACAAUCUGUUCCACCAGGUCAUCUCUGAAGGCUCAGACUGCCCAGCUGUAAAAUAGUAACAAGCAAGUGGCGUGGCAGAAAUGUUUUAAAACAAUCAUAACUGUCAGGGGGAGGUUUCAGAAGAACACACCUUCAGGAGGGUGACACAAGAUCUGCUAAUGAACCGGCAUACAAAGUUCCUAACAUUGGAAUAAUUUGUUUCUGUACUAACUGUAGAUAUUCCAGAGAAAGGCGAAUGUGCUCAAUGUGUCAGAAUCAAUGAAAACACCAUUGUAGUAGUUAAUGGGCAAACAAGCAGAAAAUAUGUUAUGACAUAUAUGAAACAAGCUACGUAAUAAACUCUGCAAGUAAUAAAAUGACAUGACAUAUGUUUGGGUUUUAGGCUGCUGAAGAAAACUAUCUGCAGGUUUAAACUCAUUAUUCCUGACAACCCUGAUACCAGAAUGUGGCAGUGAGAUAAAGAUCUAAUUCAAAAUGAAGCUGUGAUGGCCGAAAGCACUGUAUCCCAAGAGCUAACUAUAUGAGUACUAAAGAUAAAUAGUAAAAUUCUAAGUGAAACUGGACACUUAAUAAUAAAACCUACAGAUCUAGUAGAAGAGUUUUUUAAAAGUUUGUGGUUGUGUAGCAAGCAGGACUGAGGAACAUUUCAGCCCCUGUACUUGGCACUGGUGAAGCCACACCUCAAAUUCCUGUUCAGUUUUGGGCCUCUCACUACAAGAAAGAUGCUGAGGUGCUGGAACAUGUCCAGGGAAGGGCAACAAAGCUGGUGAAGGGUCUGGAGCACAAGUCUGAUGAAUCUGAUGAGGAGCACUUGAAGGAAUGGGGGUUGUUCAGCUUGGAGAAAAGGAGGCUUAGGAAGAACCUGAUUGCUCUCUACAAGAACCUGAAAGGAGCCUGCAGUAAUGUGGGGGGGCAGCCUCUUCUACUAAGUAACAAGCAACAAGAAAAAAGGAAAUUACCUCAAUUUGUGCUGGAGGAGGUUUAGUUUGGAUAAUAGGAAAAUUUAUCUCACCAAAAGGGUUGUCAAACUCUGGAACAGAAAAAUGAUUGUCACCAUCCUUAGAGGUAUUUAAAAGACAUUUAGAUUUCUCUUUUAAGGAUGUGAUUUAGUAGGAGAUUUGACUUGUUAGGUUAAUGGCUGGACUCGAUGGUCUUACAGAUACUUUCAAAACUAAAUUAAUCUAUGACUCUGUGUAUAUAAAUCUUCCUGUUUAAAAGGUAAACAUAACAAACACCUACUGCUAGUGGGGAAUGAAAUAACCCUUCGACAUAUAAUUCCUUGUGCAAAUUAUUCCAGGAGAAUAGUUCUGCUUAUCUCUUUGAAACAUAUAGAUACUAAAUACUAAAUACUAAAUACUAAAUACUAAAUAAGGUGGACGUCAUUGCAUUCUGCAAAAAUGGACAAUGCAGAGAUUGCAGAGACUUUUCUGACUGGGAACACAGGAAGGACCGUGGCAAUUGAUAAGACUGUAAUGCUACACUAUGCCUUUUUAAACUCCUCUUCUAACAAAGUCCUGUUUCAAAAUUUUCAAUACUUUUUUGCACUAUGAUUCCUAUUUCCUUGGAAUAGAAUGGUGAAGACAAUAUGCUUUUUUAUAGUCUUCUCUGUAGAAAAAGAUUAAAAUAUUCAAAAGGAAGACACUGGUGGUUUAUGAUGAGUUUACUGACAGCAGUUCUUAGUAGGAAGAAAGGUAGAUUGGUAGUUGACUCAAUAUAUUACAAGUAAAGCAUUAGUAGUAUCCUUUAAGGCAGAGUAACUGAGACCCUUAUUUUAAAAUUCAUAAGAUUUGGUAAUGAAGUUGAUUAACAAUAUUAUUUUGCCCUGGUUGGAAGUAAAGGCAAAGAAUUAUCACAUGCCAAGAAAAACUAUCAACUUAGCCUAAGAUAUUAGGUCAUUCUGCUGGCUGCCUAGAAUCCCAUUUAGAAGAAACAUACCUUGUAUUGAUUUUUAAACUGGCUUCUAUCCCCAUUAACCAGCAUGUAUUUUGGGAGAGUCUAGCCUUAAUCCUAAUGCAAUUGCAGCAAUCUUUCUACUGAUUCAUUUGAGCAAGAGUGAAUGGGACAUGUAUGAAAAUGAAGGAAUGUAAAAUUAAUACAUAAAGGUUAAACACAUGUAGAUUGGCAUAAAAUUUACCAUCACUACUGGCUCAUGUCUUUCUGGCAGGAUCUACCAUAGAAACAUAAUUUUGCCUUUUCCUCUCCUACCCUUGUAAUUUUCUGGUUUCUUCUCAUGCAUCUAUUGUAAAGGGAAGUAUAAAUAAGAUGUGCUCAAUUAUUAAUCAUGUAUCAUUCAAGCCUGAAGCAAGCAGUGUCAGAAAUAAAAAUGCAGAAAAGACUUAAAAUUAUAUCCCACUUCAGGAAUUUUACCUAAAAAUAGCUGGUUCCUAUAUGAGCCACAUCCUGUUGAUUUUUAUUGCAGAAGUACCAGGCUGGAAUUCUAAGUAUGUACAUACUGUAAGACAUAUUUGCUUAAAAAAAAAAAAAAAAAAAAAAAAGUCAAGCUAUUUCAAUCCAAACUCAGGUACUUUUCUCUGCUGUAGUGGUGCAAAGAACCUAACAGGAGCAGAGAAAAUGAAAAGUAAGGAAUGGCUGGAGGAAGCUGCUUAUGUAUUGACCAUAACUCUCACAUACACACAUGCACUGCCCCAGCCUUGCAUGGUGCAUUGCCUCACUGUAGGGAAUGAGUGUAAUCAUGGCAAUAAUAAGGAGGAAUUUGGAGUGAAGCUGGGCGUGGAAAAAAGGGGAGGAAAGUUGUUUUCUCAAAGUAUGCAAAUGUUUAUUGUCCUUUUCCUUCCAAUACGCAAAUAAGUAAUUCCGUGUUUAUUUUCAUUGACAAUAAAUUUAUUCAUCUCAAUUAAAGUCUGUUUUGCUGACAAUGA